AUGACCAUGAGUUCGUUUUUGAUAAACUCCAACUACAUCGAGCCCAAAUUCCCUCCCUGCGAGGAGUACACGCAGCACAGCGGCAGCGCCGGCAGCUCCGCCAGCUACCACCCGCACCACCCGCACCCGCACGCCCCGCCGCCGCCGCCGCCGCCGCCGCCGCCGCCGCACCUGCACGCCGCGCACCCGGGCCCGGCGCUGCCCGAGUACUUCUCGCGGCCGCGCAGGGAACCGGGCUACCAGGCUCCCGCGGCGCCGCCGGGGCCGCCGGGGCCGCCUCCCGAGGCGCUCUACCCCGCGCAGGCACCCUCCUACCCCCAGGCGCCCUACAGCUACAGCAGCGCCGGCAGCGCCGCCCCGGGCCCCGAGCAGCCGCCCCCGGGCGCCUCGCCGCCGCCGCCGCCGCCCGCCAAGGGCCACCCCGGCCCGCCCCAGCCCCUGCUCCCAGGCCAUGCCCUGCAGCGCCGCUGCGAAGCGGCUCCCGCCGCCGGGGCCGGCACCGGGCCCGGCUGCCCGCUGCUGCCCGACAAGAGCCUGCCCGGGCUGAAGGGGAAGGAGCCGGUGGUCUACCCCUGGAUGAAGAAGAUCCAUGUGAGCACGGUCAACCCCAAUUACAACGGAGGGGAGCCCAAGAGGUCUCGCACUGCCUACACCAGACAGCAGGUCCUGGAGCUGGAGAAGGAGUUCCACUUCAACCGCUACCUGACCAGGAGGCGACGCAUCGAGAUCGCGCACACCCUCUGCCUCUCCGAGCGCCAGGUCAAGAUCUGGUUCCAGAACAGGCGCAUGAAGUGGAAGAAAGACCAUAAACUGCCUAACACAAAGAUGCGCUCCUCAAACCAGUCCACACUGAGCCAGCAGUCCAAAGCACAGACACAGGGCCACCCCCAUCCGCUCGAUGGGGCUACACCCAAUGCAGCCGCGCUAUAA